CUCUCUGGACAUGAAACAGGCCCGGAGCUCCCUGAACGAGGAUCGAGCCCUGGGCUCUCAGAACACGGAAUGGGCCCGGGGCUCCCAGAAAGGGGAACGGGCCCGGAUCUCCCUGAACGAGGAACAGGCCCGGAGCUCCCUGAACCCCGCCGGGCUGCGGGGGGGGGGCGGAUUUCGGGUCGCAGCUCCCCCAAAACUCAGCCGCGUGUCCCGCAGGACGCGCCGGAGGCCGGGGAUGGCGCCGAGAGGGACGAGGCGGUGGGAGAAGGUGGGAACAAGGACACGGAGAACAAGGACAAGGAGGACAAGGACAAGGAGGACAAGGAUAAGGAGGAGGAGGAGGCUUUCCUUGUCAGCCUCUACAAGUUCAUGAAGGAGCGGCACACGCCCAUCGAGAGGAUCCCGCAUCUCGGCUUCAAGCAGAUUAACCUCUGGAAGAUCUACAAGGCUGUGGAAAAGCUGGGAGCCUACGAGCUGGUGACGGGCCGCCGGCUCUGGAAGAACGUGUACGACGAGCUCGGGGGCAGCCCCGGCAGCACCAGCGCGGCCACCUGCACCCGGCGCCACUACGAGAGGCUCGUCCUUCCCUACGUGCGGCACCUCAAGGGCGAGGAGGACAAGCCGCUGCCCCCCAGCAAACCCCGUAGACAGUACAAGGUCUCCAAGGACGACAAGAGCAAGAGGGCCAGGAAGGAGAAGAGCCGCGAGCAGCUGGCUCCGGACAAGGGGCAGCCGGAGGCGGUCGCGGAGGACGCGACCCACAGCGAGACCUACAAGCGCCUCUUCUCCAGCUUCUACUCCAAAGGGAACCAUCCCAUCAUGUCCCCGCUGGCCAAGAAGAAGCUGCUGGCGCAGGUGAGCAAGGCCGAGUCCUUGCACUGCCACAAACGCCUCUGCCCCGAGGGCCGGCGGGCACCGAGCGACAGCGGCCCCGAGCCGGCCCGGCCGGGCAGCGGCCCCAGCCUGGCUGAGCAGAGGAGCCCGGAGCCGUCGGGAGCUCCGGACAGAGCUCCGAGCGAGGGGAGCGAGGCAUCCCAGGGAGGCAGAGACAGCCAGGGCUGCCCGCGGGCCGAGGACGGGGGCCCGGCCCCCGCCGUGUUCACCGGCUACUUCCACGCCUACCGCAGCGAGGGGCUGCAGCCCGGAUGCCCCCCGCUCUGGGGGUAUUUCUCCAACCUGAAGGAUUUUUUGGAGCCGCCCUCCGCCUUGCCGGUGCGGCCCGGGGAGCCCGAGCAGCCCCAGGAGCUGCGGAGCAAAGCGGCGCGGCCGUGGGAGGGCAGGGCCGCCGCUGUCCGGGCCUGCUGGGUGCCCCCCGGGGCCACCUUCGGCCCCGCCGGGCACAGCCGCGACGAGGAGGAGGAGGAUGAGGAUGAUGAGGAGGACGAGGAGCCCUUUGGCCCCGCUGCCAAGCCACGCGCCGUGUCCCCCUUGGCCAAGGCGGGCAGGGACGGGGGGACACGCUCGCCGGGCGGCCACCAAGGGCUGGCCAAACCCAAGGCCGUGGUGGCCACUCCGGGCUUCGCCGCGCCGCCGCCGAGCAGCUGA